CUCCACCGUGUGCUCUUUGUCCUCACCAUCCUCCGUCCUUGUUCGAAACGACAUGUUCUCAAGUCUCUGUCCGACCAUCUACCAUCCAAAUCUCGCUAUAUCCUUCACCUCAUCAACCCUUCCAACUCAGUGACUCAGCACCUCACACUCGUUUUCUCCCUUUCCCCGGCGCAUUGGUCCGGUUGGACGCUGGCUGCCAGUGCCUCCCUCACCUGCAGUUACCGCAUUUGAUCAGAUUUCAAUCCAAUCUGCAACUGCGUCGUCCUCGAUCCCCAACCGCCCCAUCACCAGAUUAUUCCUCACCAAUUGUCACACGACUCUCUCUCAGUCCUUCGCUCGACUCCCUUCCCUCCUCUCCUUAGAGUUUGCUGAACCAUGGUGGUAAUUCCCUGAAGAAGUACCUCUUGAAAAUGGAAAACAAUCAGCCGAAUCCAGAAAAUCCCGAAAAAGAGGAUAAAUUUGAGGAUGCUAAUGAAGACACCAAUACCCGCUCGACCUCUCGCAGAAACUCCGCCGCCGCCGAUUCCCCCAAUGUCUCUUCUGCCCCCGACUCUGAAACUGGACCGAGAGAUAGCGCAGGCUCCAUAGACAAGGUUGCUUCGCAGCCGGUAGCAGACCAAGGAGAAGUCGACAGUGACAAGCCGCAGGAACCUCCUGAGGACCAACAGCCGCCUACAAAAACUGGCGAGCCUGUCGAGUCAAUCGAGCCACCUGUAGCUGCUGAUGCCCCUACGGCGUCCCAGCCUGUUGAUCAGCCAAAACCACCUCCACGGCCGUCCAGAUUUCAAGGCUUUUCUGCCUCUCUGCCUUCUGUUCCUUGGGCCGCGCCCCCUGCCCCUCCCAAAAAAGGAGAUGCAAGAGCAAUUUCUCCUCAGCCGCCACCGGCACAACCGAAUCCCCCGACAGGUUUUGGUCGCAAAGUUACCACUCCCUUUGGAUGGCUGAGUCGAGCGACGGCCUCUCAAAAGGAUCUGAAGUCUCCCCCCAUCCCCUCAAGGCAAGGCAUCGACGCUCGCCGCAACACUGCUGCCUCCACCUCCACCCUCGGAAGCAACCCCGACCUCCCCACCCGAAUCGCAGAGGAUGGCCAAGAGAAUUCAAAUGGACACAAGCACUCUUCAAGGGGAUUAUUACGAGAACAAUUCAAGUUGCUGAGACUGCGUGAGGAAGCCGGUGUUACCAAUUUGGACGACCUUGACAAGCCAGAGGCAGGGGCAAUAGCAGGGUUGGUGGGAAAAUCAAGCAGUCUGGGUGCUGGUCUUGCAAGUCCUGCUAGCAUUGGGCCAAAUGAGCAUACCAUCUCCAGCCCCAUCUUGUCUCCCACAUCUCCCUUGACCGACUCCGUUCCUGUCAACCCAAAUCUUGCCCCUGGCACCGUUUCUGGUGUUUCGGCCGCUCCCGCCGACCUGACCACUCCGAUCGAUUGGGAUUUUUGGCAGCAGGUCGUCAAUGAGGGUCCCCAGGCGGUCGCUCGAACAAGCCCCGAAGAAUUCACCCAGGCUAUCAGCGGCGGUAUUCCACAAACCAUCCGCCCUGUCAUCUGGCAAGUUCUUGCAGGAAGCAAGAACGACGACCUGGAAGCAGUCUACUGGGAUCUCCGAUCACAAACAACCUCCCAAGAGGCAAAGGACGCCAUACCAAAAUCGCCCCUCUUGAACGGCCACAGCACUCCCACGACUCCUCAUCCCACUAUUAAUGGGGUUGGCAAAGAAAAGGAUUCGGUUGCAUCAUCGAGAUCGUCUAUACGAUCUGACCAUUCUAAUCCUGCCACUAGCGCCAACCUCCCAGUCGCAUCCCCUUCCCCAUCCGCUGAGUCUCCUGACCCUGUAAAAGACGCAAAGCUACAGACCGAACUGGCCGCCCUCCGAGCGAAAAAGGCCAAAGACGAUGCCGUGGCUCUCGCCAAGCUCGAGAAAGUCAUCAAACGCGAUAUGGGUUCAAGAACGAGCUACUCCAAAUACGCAGCCGCGUCUGGUCUUCAGGAUGCUUUGUUCAAUGUCUGUCGUGCCUAUGCCCUCUACGACGACGCGGUGGGCUACCCCCAAGGCCUCAACUUCAUUAUCAUGCCCAUUCUCUUCACUAUGCCUGAAGAGGAGACGUUCUGUUUAUUGGUGCGCCUGAUGAACAAAUACCAACUGCGCGAUCUUUUCGUCCAAGACAUGCCCGGGCUGCACCUACACCUCUAUCAAUUCGAGAGACUCCUGGAAGACUUGGAGCCCGCGCUCUACUGCCAUCUUAACCGAAGAGGGGUCACACCAAAAUUGUAUGCUACCCAGUGGUUCCUCACCCUCUUCGCUUAUCGCUUUCCUCUGCAGCUGGUCAUGCGUGUCUAUGACUUGAUCUUGUGCGAAGGCCUCGAAGGAGCCAUCCUCAAGUUCGGAAUGGCUGUUAUCCAACGAAAUGUCUCGACCCUGCUCACAAUGAACGACAUGCAAGCCUUGACCAACUUUUUGAAGGAGAAACUUUUCGACGUAUAUAUUGACUCGGCACCAUCCUCAAAGUCUAUCCUUGAAUCGGGCUUCUUUGGCAGUUCCGGUGGUUCGGAUAACGAGGUAUAUCGAGCCGACCUCCUUGUUCAGGAUGCAUGUGCGGUCAAUCUGACACCAGAGAUGCUCGCUCGCUACCGAGAAGAAUUUGAAACCACCACCAAGGCCGAAAAGGCCAGGGAAACCGAACUAGAGAAUUUGAGGACAGACUGCGCUACCAAAGCUGCUCAAAUUCGCUCGUUAGAAAAGCGAGCCGAGAAGUCAGACGCCGAACACAUUGAACUCGCCAAUGAGCUUGUGCGGCUCAAGGUGGAAAACACAGAGUAUCAAGAUCGAAAUGAAAGUCUGUCAGGACAAGUCGAGGAGCUCCGGAAAGUGGCCGAAAGUGAAGCAGCCAAUGUCGAGGAGAGAAUGCGAGCCACGACGGAGCAAGUCAUGCAAAGGAACAUUGAAGUCCAGAACGAGAAUCGUCACAUGGAAGAGCAAAUGGCCGAGAUGGAGCGUGAACUAGUCGAGUACAAGAUGAAGUAUGCAGAGCUCAACAGCGAGUAUGACUCUCUGAAGCUGAGAUGGAACGAUCUCAAACGAGCACUCGAAUGAACCAUUUGCUUCUGAUCCAUGGGCCUCUCUCUCAUGAUGAAUCCAGGCGGAUACCUUCGAGUCUGGAACGCUGUAUGAGAGCGCCUUGUCUCUCAACAUGCAGGAUUCGGGUGACUUGUCACCUUCCUAUGUACAACACUAGCAACGACUUCGAUAACGUCAACCAAGGCGACUGGCACUGUGGCGAUGCGACCCACCACACAAACGACACAUAUAGCAUAGCGCUGGCGGGCGGGAAUUGGGCAGAUGGGUCAAGAACCACGAUGUUGUUGUCCGGAGUUUGAAGGAUCUCGAUGUCACGCUUCGAUGACAUUUAUAGAUUGGAGGAGCGACACGGUACGUCUGUCCUACCGGGUCUCCGAAAUUGGUGAAUGGCGCGAAUGAGUCGGCCACCAGCUGAAUGAAGCAAUGGCCACUUUGUUGUUGCGAGCAAGACCUUGGGAUUUUGGCAGUGUAGGUUAAAGGAUGACACGAUGGAUACUGAUUGAAGGCAGCUUCGCAAGUGUUAGGGCAGCUCGCUAUCGAUACGUAUGGUUAUGGGUGAAUGAACCAAACAAAUAGAUUACGACCUUUC